UAGAGCGCAGGCGCGGUGCUGUCGGAAUCUAUAGCGACUACACUUUACAAUAAAAAAUAAUAAUUAGUGUUGUGCCCCAUUUAACGGAAACCCGGAAGACUGAACGUUGAUGUAACAGUGUAAAUUAUUUGAAAAAAAUCUAUGAUGUGGCAGCCAUUGUUUUACGUGUUGCCGCUAGCACUCUCUACAUUGGCGAUAAGGGUACCAGUUGACGGAAAAGAAGAAAAUGCAACUGAGCCGGCCACUGCCGAUAAUAAACAGGACACAUUCUAUAUACCUGACGAAGCGAGUGUGGACAGUUACCUCAUACCUCCAGACCCGCACAGACCCAUAGAAGUGUUACCGGAUAUUAUCGUGACACCUGCUACCUACCUCUUGCCACCGUCGCCGGAAAAACAAAUAGAUUACUACGCGCCUACGGAAGCCGGCGACCAGACUGAUUGGUAUCCGAUAGCUCAAGUUCCACAUGAGAGCACACCAGUAAAUCUGUUGCUACCUCAGCGACAACCUGAUGUAAUACCAAUUUUCCUAACUAACAACCAGACGUUAGAGAUACUGGGUAAUCCGCGAGGAGGUAAAGCGUAUUACGGCGAUCAUAUCGCUAUUCCAGUGCCGUCUAGACAACUUGAGCCUCCACUAGAAAAUGCUCCAAACGAUUACAUUUUCACUGGACCGUCUAACGAACAAGAGCUGCCUUCGACAGAAAUAAAUCAGCCGUUUAAUAUCCCUGCGCCUGAACAUCAAGUGCCUGUCAAACCUCAUCGAAAGAACCCGAAGAAAAUUAUUAGCUCUCACUUCAAACCCGCUGAACCUACUCUAUCUGUGCAUCUCACUCCACCGAAACCUCUGUCACAGAAGUAUAAAAAUCCCACAAAACUAUACCCGAAAAAGGUCACCAAGGGAUUCCAGCCCAUACCGAUUCCGUUAGCUGAGUUCGCAGAAGACACAACUGAGGUACCGCGGGCUAAGCCGGUAAAGCCGUUUAAGCCUGUAUCGAGCGACGAAAGUGAAUAUUAUACACCUGAUGAGAAAAAUGUCUUCCUGUACAAACAAGCUGAAGAGAAACGGAAAUUGAAGGCUGAGCAUGAAGCCCAGUUACAGCAGCCGGUCGCUGCGGCAGAGGACACAUAUGGCGUUAAUGUUCCCACAGAGCAAGAAACUUCUGAAACAAACUACAGGCAUCCUGGACGUAACGUGUACCCCGCUCCCCUGCGGCUUCCUCCCCCGCGAGCGCCCGCCUCGCCUCAGAGGGCAGCCAAUGCGCCCACGCCGCCGCCCGGCGACCGCACGGAAUUCCGUAUGCAUGGCAUGAAGGGACCCCAUAGUUACCAGUUCGGAUACGACACAGGAAAAGGAAAGAAUCGCCAGUUCCGUUACGAAGAGAGAGACAACGACGGGCGAGUGAAGGGACAUUACGGCUAUAUGGAUAAGAACGGGAAGCUUCGUGUGGUGAACUAUGACGCUGAUCCGGAGCACGGCUUCCACGCCGAAGCGCCCACAGAUGCUCAAUGAUAGACAAUAUUAGUACAAGGAUUACGCUUCCUUGCCACACAUAGAGGACGUAUUCAUUCAACUACUGACGGGUUCCUAGACGACGGUAGGGUGACGGGCGAGUAUUGAUAGUUGCAGAUAAUUCACCAAAAUAGCCUAAUUCUAAAACACGUCAUUGACAUAUCGUUGACGUAACCAUUGUUCCAGAAAUAGGUAGGUACAUACACAGACGAACUAUUGCGUAUAACGGAUUAGCAACAAUAUUUCAUUUGCAAUAUAUUUAUAUCACAGAUUUUUUCAGUAUUGACCGUCAGUAGCCACUAAAUACGAGUUUAUAGUGCAACGUUACACUAGUUUUAGACUAUUAACACUAUGUGGUUGGUACUUCUACAAUGAAGAUACCAAAGUCAUCAACGUGUGAAAAACGAAUGCAUCCUACUUUGUUAUUUUUUUGCUUAGUAUGAAAACAGUUUAUUUAAAGUUUGAAAUGCGGGACAUCACAAUAGAUUAUAAGGCAAAUGCUCCUUGCUAAUUAGUACUGACGACUUUACGAAGGCUGCAUGAAGAAAAGUUGGUUGCCGUAUUAAGUACAUAAAGCAGAUAACUGACAUAUAUAUGAAAAAGUUUACCUAUAUGUCAAUACAGACUGAAAUGACCCAAUUUAAAAUUUACUUAAUUAGUUGAUACCCACACGCGUCAUAAUCUAAACCUCGGUUAGAGCCGUGUACCGAAAAACCGCAUCAACACCACAUCGCAGCACAUAAAUUGCUAUGUUCGUUCGCUGUAGCGUAAAUUGUAUCACCACCAACUACAACAUAGUUACCUAGUUGUAUCACGGGUAGGUUAUAAUGUUAUAUCUACCGGAACAACUUAAUGGAUAUAAUUAUGUGCAUGGGAAGUUGUGCAACUUACCAAUAUGGUCGCACACAGGAUUGCGAGGAUAGCCGUAAACAUUGUCAAUUUAUGGAGCCAACGUUUUCAUGCAUAACUUACCACGGAUUUCCACUAACUUACAAUCUUGGUACGUACUUCUUUCACUUCGUGAAGUUUUCAAAAAAGUCAAAACACCUCCUAAGUU